AGGUGUGUGCCCUGUGAACACCCUGUCUGCCUGGGCUCCUAUAAAAAGGGCCUCCCCUGCCUUGCACUGCAGAUGAGACUUGCUCUGGCACCGGGAAUUGCACUGCAUCUUCAUACUCAGAACAAGGUUCCCACCAAACUAAAGACAUGAGGAUUCACAGCCUCACCUUGCUGUCCUUCCUCCUUCUGGCCGCUCAGGUGUUCUUGGUGGAGGGCAAAAAGGAAGUAAAGAAAAGAGGUGGCAGCAAAGCCACCACAGAAAAAACACAGACGCUGGGCAAGCCCUUGAAUGAGCAGAGAAACCAGCCACCCAAGCACCUAACCAAAGGCAAGUUUGUCACCCAAGACCAGGCCGACUGCAGAUGGGUGGUGACUGAGAAGGAGGAGGGCAUUGUCCUGAAGGUCGAUUGCACCCGACAGGAUAACAAGUUUUCCUGUUCCUUUACGGGCAAUCCAACUUCGUGCCUGGAGUCGACCAAAAAGGGUGCCUAUUGGAAGCAAAUCGGCCGGAGCCUGCGCACUCAGAAAGUCAUCUGUGGGGACUCAAAGAGCAUCCUGAAGACCAGGGUGUGCAGAAAGAAGUUCCCAGAAUCCAAUCUGAAGUUGGUGAACUCUACUCUAAUUGGGAAGAAACCCAGCCAGGAGACAAUGGAGCCCUCUCCCAGGGAGCAGAGCAUGACCAAUGAGGCCUCCCUCAUGGAGCCUAACAAGGUCAAAGAGAACACCCUCGCUGGCCCAGCAGAGUCCUCCAUCAAUCCCGAGUGUCUGGAGGACCCAGACAUGAUGAACCAGAAGAAGGCAGCCCUGGAAUACUGUGGGGAGUCCUGGAGCUCUUUCUGCAAAUUCUUCUUCACCAUGGUGCAGAGUGAACCAUGUUAAGGAGGUCAGAAGAGAACAGAGCUCCAUUAGGUGCAUGUCCAAGCCUUCAGGAUGCUGUAAAGCUCUCCAAGUUCCCUGUAAAACGAACAUUUCUAUGAGCGCGCAGGAAUUAAACAGAAUUUGUAAUUUUUUGUUUUUGGAAUUUGCUUUAUAUUCAUUUCCUUAGGUGUGAUUUUCAGAGGUUGUUGACUGCAAUGUUUCCAUGGCCCACAAAGCUGUGUGCAUCUGAGCAGUAAUGACCACUCUUUGAGCUGAAUGAGCCAGAGGGAUGAUUUCAGUGUGAUGCACUUUUGCUUAAUUAACAAAAUUAAUAAAGCUCUGUGCAUUUUUCAAAAAUUUUCAA